GUCGUCAUUGUUCUUACAAAAUGGAUAAAUAUCUCUGCAAAGACAAACAACCACAGUCUUUUACUGAAUAUAUAGACUAUUUUAAUCCUGCUGCGGAAAUCCUUCAAGAGGCUAAUGGUACAAAGAGGCGAAGAUUUAUAACGGGUGAAGGUAGCCAGUCUACUCUGUGGGAUCACACAUGGUGGUGGUGGUAUACUAAAAAUAGGAAUGACGAGGAACCUAGAUUACUCAACGCUCAUAUCAUACGUCACAUCCUGCCAGAUGUGAAAUUGUUGGUCAUCCUUAGAAAUCCAGUCGACCGGUUGUAUUCGGAUUAUCUUUAUUUCUCGCCAAAUGAAAAAAAGUCUGCAAAAUCGUUCCAUAACAAAGUCACCCGUUCGAUAAAAGAUUUCAACAAGUGCUUAACAAAGAAAAGCCUCCGUCAUUGCGUUUACACGGGUUUUACUGCGGAGGAAAGACUGUUUAUUGGCUUAUACGCUGUGUACCUAAAAGACUGGAUGAACAUUUAUCCACGGAAACAACUUCUCGUCCUCUCAUUAGACGAAUACUCGACGAAUCCGUCAAUGGCCAUGUCGAAAAUUUUCAAGUUCCUUGAUUUACGUGAUAUUGGUAAAGUUGGAACUAGAACAGUGCACUACAAUGAAAGAAGACCGUCAAGUCGAGCAGUAGGGCAGAUGCUCAACAAGACCAGACAUAUAUUGGAACAGUUUUAUAAACCGUUCAAUAAAGAACUAUCUCUAUUAAUGAACGACACAAGAUUUCUUUGGCAAACAUGAUGUACUAUCACAUCCAUUGGUGUAAUACCCAUCCAUGUUCCAUGUUAUGUAUACAUACUUAAAUAGCAUAUUAGCAAAAGUGUGUCUGGGGAUAGUUUGUGGCAAAGCAUUUAUUUCUGUGGAUUGCAUGUAUGCAAACACUCCAUGAACUUGCCUAUGGAGUACGAAAUUUCAGAAUAUGGUUCUGUUUAGUGUGUAGAUUAGGAAUAUAUUUAUGUAGAGUUUGUAAAUGAAUAUUACAUUUCUUUGGAGAGUGCAGAUAAAUAAUUUAUGUCUAAUCAAUGUGAAAUACGAAAUGUGUUUCUGUGGAUUGUGCAGAUAAAAACUACAUAUCUGGGAAAUGUCUGGAUAAAAAAAAAAAGUUUUUGGUGGAAUGUAAAAGACAAUGAAUUAGUUUUGUUUUAAACACGUGAUGAAGUGUAUUAAUUUCCGGACAGUUAAAAACAAGUUAAAAUAAAUUACUAAAAUAUAGUCAAUAGUGAGACAUGAAGCCGCCAACACGCCUAAUUUAGUAGUCGGGAGGUACGUGAUUAAAACAAAAGAUUGUUUAACAUUUAUCAAAUUAAGUGUAUUUUAUACAUAAGGCCCAGGUUGCUAGAAGAUUGGAGGAAAGUUUAAAUAUGAAUACAAAUAUUAAGAACAUCUGACAUUAUUUCAUUGUUUUGGAUUUGUUGAGAUAGAUAAGAUUAGAGUUGUGAGGACUUAUCCCGCUUGAAAUCCUCUGUUUCUUAAUGGAAACAUUUUGUUUUGAUUCACUUAUCAAUGGUCAAAGUUAACCAACCUUUUGGGUAACCGUGGCCAGAUCGUUAUACCUGCAUAUUGUCUAAAAAAAGGUUAUAUUUGUUGCUGAGACAGUUUCAUCUCCGUAUGUCUUUCAUUUCAUUGUAUUUAUGUAUCGAUUGUAAGAUAAAAGCUUAUCUGUUUGUUGACGCUGAGGCAUAUUGCGUGUUUCUAAUAAAC